AUGCGUCUCGGACCCCUCCUCUUCGCCGCCCUUGCCGCCAUCGCCGCGGCCGCCCCCAGCGCGGACGCGGGAGGCGAGGGCCACCUCGACAAGCGCGCGCCUACAAAGGCCGAGUGCUGCUGCUGCUACGGCGGGCCGUCGGUCGGCUGCGCCGCGGACCUCAACUGCUCUGGUAUCACCGCCAGCAUCUGCUUGGACACGCGGUGCCCCUUCAAAUAG